AUGCGCUCCUCCUCAUCCUGGCCUCGUGAUCUUAGCGGAAUUUUCGGCACCUUGGUUAUUGAUGAGGCACAUACCUUGCGAAACCGCAACACAGCUCAGUGGACUGCAGCCCAUGCAAUCAACGCGAAAUUCACGAUUCUAGCGACCGCGACCCCUAUCUUCAACACUACGCCGGCUUAUCCGACAAGCCAUCUUGGGCCCCUCGACCCUAAGGAACCAAUCACCACGGAAUUGAACGAAUCACCACCAAGCCCAGCAGAGCGCCUGUCCGGCGUGAACGGACUAGUAUGUGAUAUCACUGUGAAUGGAACCCAGAUGUGUGGCACAUGCUGUGCAUCUCAGAUAGCCCUUCGAAGACACAUUCGCCAGUCGCAUCCCGGAGCAGUGGAAAAUCCCUCCAAAGCAAACACGGGGUUCGAAGAACGCGUCGCAGGGGAGAAUGCCCUAAAACUCUGGAUUUCGCACGAGUCGCCCAUCUGGCGCUAUGCUGACGCGUGCGAAAUGUCUGCCGAUAAGGGAUUUAAAGACAAGUUUGGUGACACUUUUCACCGUAAAGUAGCUGCCUCCGUCCCCUUCACCCCAAAGAAAACCGGGAUAUUGGGUAAUGGGGGCUGCUAA